AGGCCAAUGCCCCCCAGAGUCAAGCAGCCGCUCAGCCUGCUCAGAUAUCUAAUCCAAAAUUCCGUGAAACGCGGCCUCGUCUUCUACUGAUGGGUCUACGAAGAAGUGGAAAGUCCUCCAUUCAGAGCGUUGUAUUCCACAAGAUGCCACCGACGGAGACUCUUUUCUUGGAAUCCACUACACGUAUCCAAAAGGAUGCUAUCCAGUAAGUUUUACCCGAGGCUAAUGUUAUGUCGUAUUACUGCAUGUCUAACAUGGAUAUAGUUCUUUCAUGGAUUUUCAGAUUUGGGAUUUCCCAGGACAACUAGAGUAUCUAGAACCAUCAUUUGAUCAAGAGGAGUUAUUCAGUAACCUGGGAGCCCUCGUUUGGGUGAUAGAUGCCCAAGACGAUUACCUAGAAGCCGUCACUCGGCUAAACAAAACCAUACUUAUGAUCCAGCAAUACUACCCACACAUCAACAUUGAGGUCUUUAUCCACAAGGUAGAUGGGCUCUCAGAAGAAUACCGAUCUGAUACAUUUCAAGACAUCGUCCAGCGCAUCUCUGACGAGCUAAGUGACGCUGGAUACGAAAAUGCACCAAUACACUACUACUUGACUUCAAUAUACGAUUAUUCCGUUUUCGAGGCCUUUAGCAAGGUAAUUCAAAAGCUCAUUCCCCAAUUAUCGACGCUGGAAAACCUCAUCAAUAUUCUCUCAAAUAACUCUGGCAUGGAGAAAACAUAUUUGUUUGACGUUCUCAGCAAGAUAUACAUCGCCUCCGACACAAGACCAGUAGACAUGGCAUGUUACGAGAUGUGUUCCGACUACAUUGAUGUGAUCGUUGACAUCAGUGAACUAUACUCCUGGGACCAUCCAGACCGAAAGGCUAAGGGCCCUCAAGUGUCAGAAGCAGAAAGCCAUGUUAUACUUCACGAUAAAUGCAUGAUUCAUUUAAUGGAAAUGAACAAGUAGGUCCGCACCUUGACUGUAUCGCUAUUGAAUACUCCGCUAACUUGAACUCUUUCUAGAUACCUCUGUCUUGUUUCCGUGAUCAAGAAUCCUGAUGCAAAGGAGAAGAAGGGACUCAUCGAUAUGAAUUGCCGGACGUUUCAAUAUGCGCUCAACGAGGUGUUUAGUAGAACAUGGGAUCAAGAGUAAUCCAUAGACGGUAGCAUUGGGCGGCUAUCUGUUUGAAGCAUUGAUAUACUAAUUUGAAUUUUUUUUUUCUUUU